AUGGCGGGCAGACGGCUGUUGGAUGCAGCCAGGCUCUUCAGCGCCUCGGGAUCGAUAGCGAAGCAACAUUUCAACAUUCGUUCUCAGCAAUGGGAACUCUUUACACAGACGUCGAGUCUAGCAAAGGCUGUCAAGAACCAGACAGAUCGCGUCACUCUCACCGCACGAGCCGCCUAUGCCUUGUCACGGAGGGUCAACGAAACCGGACCAGCCUACACACAGACGAGUCGACAUGAGGAGCCUAUACCGAGUCGAGAAACAGUCCAAGGCGCAGACGCAACCGAUAUACAUGACGAGGGACUGAGUCAGGAUCAUCACUGGGAUAGAUCGGAACAAAACGCUGCUGCAGAAGCACCACCGACAGACGACUUGCACGUCACUCAAGAAAAGGCUCGUCGUCACCCUCUACCGGAUGGUACUAUUCCUCCCGAAGGCGCAAAUCUAGAUCCAUCGCCGAGUCGCCAGGGCACAGAUACCUUUAGCCAGCGACCAGUGACGGAUGCUCCCAAAGACCCCUUUGAACAGCAGUCUGUCAUCAAAGACUUGCACCCUACCGAGUCUAGCGCAUCCACGAUUCCCAGCCCAAAUGCCCAAGACAGUCAUGCCGACGACACGGUCAAGAUGCAGCGUAAGGCUGAAUUUCAGAUUCCGUCCGUCUCCGGUCACUCCCAAUCAAUGUCCACACCAGGACAAGACACAUUCAAUGCUAGACCAACAGACUCAUCUGUCGAAUUGUCAUCUCUACCUCGCACCAAGAUUCCCAAGUCUACAGAAGACACUCAAGGUGGUGACGAACACGUCAAGGAUGGUCAGAUUAACCAGGACGUCUACUACUCAUCUAAAGGUCAUCCUGCUCAGCCUCCAAUUCCACAACAAGAAGCUAUUCCAGCACAGGAUGAAAUGCCCGAAGGCAUCAACACUGACAUCUUCCACAGCCCUAGGGUCGCUUCGUUACUCGGUGGCGGGGCUAGAGAGGACAGGAGGAAAGCUUACGAACUCAAGAUGAAGGCCGCCAGAAAGGGCUCAACCCAACCAAUUCAGGAGAGCAUCAAAGCCGAAGAGAAGAAUGCUGAUACGUUCAGCGCGAGACCAGGUGCAUCAAUACCUGAUGCUACUGCUUCGCCUGCACCCGCCGUUGAGCCAAUCGCUCCUGUGGUUGAAACGAAGACACAGAUCAGCGAUAAGGAGACGCAAGAGCUGGCCGAUGCCAUGGCUGCAGAUGCCACUGCCGCCGCAUCUUCUUCCACUCUUGAGCCUGAUACGCCCAACACUCCUUAUCAGCUGCGCGAAUCCGCUGUACCUUCUUCUCGCUUCGGUAGGCUGUGGCAGUACGGAGGUUUGGCCACGAGUAUGGCCUUCGGUGCCGUCGGCGAGAGUCUACGACGAGUGACUGGAGGUGCUGCUGCUGCCGCAAGUGGUUCUCUCCUACUCAGUCCUGCCAACAUGGAAAGACUGGUUGCCAAACUCUCUCGUAUGCGUGGUGCAGCUCUCAAGCUCGGCCAGAUGAUGAGUUUCCAGGACUCCAAGAUGUUGCCUCCUGCCAUCAAUGCCGUGCUCCAGCGUGUCCAAGACAGCGCUGACUAUAUGCCUCCAUGGCAACGCAACAAGCAACUUGCUGCCAACCUAGGCGCUGACUGGAAAGACCUGUUCUCGAGUUUCGAGGAUGUGCCCAUGGCUGCUGCAUCGAUUGGCCAGGUCCACCGCGCUACAUUGGCUUCCAAUGGCCGUGAAGUUGCCGUCAAGAUUCAGUAUCCUGGCGUUCGUGGUAGCAUCGACUCUGACCUCAACAAUCUCUCUCUGCUCCUUACAGCAUCACGACUUUUGCCGCCUGGACUCUUCCUGGAUAAGACCAUCGCCAACGCUCGCACAGAGCUAGGAUGGGAGUGCGACUACACACGUGAGGCGGAGUGUGGCUCUCGUUUCGCAACCCUCCUCGAGGAUGAAACUGCCACUUUCCGUGUCCCGCAAGUCUUCCUCGAGGCAUGUGGCCCUGAAGUACUGACUGCUGAGCUUAUGCACGGUAAAGGUGUCACCAAGAUUCCCGAUCUCUCACAGGACGAGCGGGAUUGGAUCGGCACACAAGUGCUGCGUCUUUGCCUCCGCGAACUGAUGGAGUGGAGAUUCAUGCAGACCGAUCCUAAUUGGACCAACUUCCUCUACAACAGAGGCAGUGCUCCAUCCGCACGCAGAUUGGAGUUGCUAGACUUUGGUGCCUCAAGAGAGUUCCCAGAAAGCUUUGUGACGCCGUACGUUCAGCUGCUGAUCGCGGCUUCGACUCACGACCGCAAUGCCUGCCGCGACCUCUCUAUCAAACUAGGCUACCUCACUGGAGCAGAAAGCCAGGCUAUGCUUACCGCCCACGUCGACUCUAUCCUCACUCUUGCUGAGCCUUUUGAUUCUGGCCGAACAAGCGACUUUUAUGACUUCAAGGACCAGACCAUCACCGACCGAGUAAGGGAGAAGAUUGGGUUGAUGGUUAGAGAGAGACUGGCACCGCCGCCUGAGGAAACAUAUUCGCUGCACAGAAAGCUCAGCGGUGCAUUCUUGCUCUGUGCGAGACUAGGCGCUAAUGUGCCAGCGAAGAAGCUGUUUGAGGAUGCGGUUGCGAAAUGGAAACAGAGCAAAGGUGAGAAAAUCUGA